AUGGAAAAAGAAGAUGAGGAAUCUAGGCCAAAUGUUCUAACUUAUUUGGCAGUGAUAAAGGGUUUUGUUGAGAAAGGGAGAGUGAUGGAGGGGUUAGGGGUCUUGGAUCGAAUGGAGCAUUCAGGCCUUCAACCUAAUAGGGUGACAAUUACGGCUUUGAUUGAUGGCCUAUGCAAAGAGGGGCGUGUGGAGGUGGUUCAUAAAGUUAUUGAUAUAGUUAGCAGAGGUAGUGAACAGCAUGCUAUAGUCUUAAAGGGAUGGGUGCUAGAUAGAUUUGGUUUGCUCGAUUCACUUGAAGAGUCUGUACAUUUUCCUGCCAUCGAUUAUGACAUAUACUCAAUCAUAUUAGCUGGUCUUUGUGAAGAAAGCCAUUUGGUGAAAGUUGCAAAGCUUGCUAAUCUGAAGAAUUCAGCUUAA